UUUCAAAAGCAUAUCCACACUUUCUCCCACUUCCAUCAUUCUCCUUUCUUCAUAUAACCACACCUAAGCUACCGCCUUCACCAAGUUUCUCCAAACCAAAUUACACCAAAGAGAGAGAGAGAGAGAGAGAAUGGCUACAGCUUGCAGUGGCCGCUGUGUGAAAUGGAUUGAGAUGUACUUUCAGGACUGUGUCUGUAACCUCAGCAGUGGGCUUUCAUUUGGGCUGGGCCUUGUGAGCCUCUUUUGCUGGGCCUUUGCCGAGAUCCCCCAGAUCAUCACCAAUUUCCAAACCAAGUCCGGCCACGGAGUCUCUCUUGGUCUCCUCCUCACUUGGGUCGUUGGUGACGUUUUUAACUUGGUGGGUUGCCUUCUUGAACCAGCCACUUUACCUACACAAUUUUAUACAGCUCUGUUGUACACGGUUAUUACGGUGGUUUUGGUUAUACAAACUAUUUACUAUGAUUACUUCAUCAGAUGGUGGAAGAAUAGAGGCUAUGAUUCCACAUCAGAGGUUGACGAAGAAAGGAAGCCUUUGAAUCCAGAGAGAGAUUAUUCUACCAUGCCAAUAUCUACCAAUGCCUCCAGUGCAACCUCACCACAGAUGGAUGUGCAUUAUACGUCAGCAAGGUCACUGGCUAACAGUGGUAGCUCUCCUUAUGGAGGAGCUUCGUAUCUGAGAACAGCCAGGAGCGGUCCAUCAGACUUCGGUGCAGCUCUUCACGACUCAUCUGAGGAGGAGGAUGAGCAUGAUUACAGGCCCAUCAGAACCAAACCUAAGACGAUAGUCUCACACUCGGUUGGUUAUGGAACCUUUGUCAUAGGUUCUGCAGGUUUGCCAUUUAAAGCUAAAGCUCUGAUGGAAAGACAAAUGAACUUUUAUGGAAAAAAUAUUAUACAGCGGGAAAUAAUGAACUGCUUGAUAGCUAACUCUUAUGGGAUGAUAUUCGGAUGGAUUAUGGCAGCAAUAUAUAUGGGUGGUCGUUUGCCUCAAAUAUAUUUAAAUAUUAAGCGUGGGAAUGUCGAGGGCUUGAAUCCACUUAUGUUCGUUUUUGCGCUCACCGCAAAUGCGACUUAUGUUGGAAGCAUUCUUGUGAGGAGUGUGGAAUGGGACAGGUUGAAAGCAAACGCACCAUGGUUACUUGACGCCAUAGUUUGCGUGCUACUAGACUUACUCAUCAUUAUCCAGUUUGCAUACUAUAAACUCAGGUGGAGAAGAAUCGACAACUAUAGAGUUGAGUAUGAAAGUUUGAAUGAGAAAAAGCUCCUCGUAUGAGUCGUAUAUAAGAUAGGGAGGCAGCGCAUGUAUUUGUAGUGAAUUGAUUUGAUAAAGAGAGGUAACUGUUCCUUUCUGCAAUUUGUAUCUUGAUGCAAGGAGAAGUGGUUAGAUUGUACUAAUAUUAGGAGCCAGAUAUUUAGUGAUUGGGUUUUAUGAGUUAGGCCAUUUAGUUAGCCUUUCCUGCCA